AUGUUAGUUAAAGUUACUUUUUUAGUAACAUUUUUUGGAUUGAGUGUGUUAGCGACGGAUUAUCCGAAGGAUGCUUGUGGUCUUCGUCCUUUGAAAGCGCGAUCUGAUGAUACAGCGAGAAUAGUUGGUGGUACAGUAUCAACACGAGGUGAUUGUAAUGUUCUUUCGUUUAGGCCAUGGCAAAUAUCGAUGGAACGCAAUGGAAAACAUAUCUGCGGGGGAUCAUUGAUCAACGAUCAAUGGAUUGUUACUGCAGCUCACUGUGUAUCGGGAAAUACAAACCCAAGUGUUUAUCGUAUUAUUUUUGGCGUUCAUGAUCGCUUGAUAUCGGACUCGUGGGUUAUUUCACGAACUGUUCAAAGUGUCAUUGUUCAUCCUUCGUACGUCGCUUCAAAUUUCAAAAAUGACAUUGCUCUGAUGAAAUUAUCCACCAAGGUAGAACCGUACACUGAAUACUACAUGCCCGUUUGCUUCCCUAAUGCUACUCAAACAUUUGAAGGUGCAACCGGUAUCACCACUGGAUGGGGCGCACCUGUUUAUGGUGGUAGUUUAUUACGUUAUUUAACAGAAGUACCAACACCAGUCUUAUCUGAUACUGCAUGUAAAGCACGUUACAAUACAGGUAUGAUCAAUUCAGCCAAUCAAAUAUGUUCAGGUGGAAAUAGCAAGGGUGCUUGCCAAGGUGAUUCUGGUGGUCCUUUCGUCGUUUCUGAUCCAACACGAAAUGGUCGAUAUGUCCUUGCCGGUUUGACUUCUUGGGGUAUAGGAUGCGGUGAUGGUGGUGUUUACACGCGUCUGUCAGCAUAUAAAGCUUGGAUUGAAUCUUUAGCUGGUGCUACUCUGUACUAA